UGUAAAUAACAGCAGCCGCGGUGGAUUGUUUUUUAUCGCACAGAUUCGUUCAAUAUAAUAAUAAUCGCGAGAUACUUACGGAGAGCGUUAUUUCGUUUGUUCCGUUUAGGUGAGAUCGACUGUAAGACGUUCACAGAGGGCAAACUGUGGAAUAUAACGCGUGAUUUCACGGCUUGCGAAGUGUCAGCUAGCAGCUAUGCCGGAUCAGUUGAGACAUCACUUGCUUGAGAAUUAAUCCAAUACUGUCGCCUUUUCUUUGUUUGUAUUGGAUUGAUAAUUUUCCCAGUUCUCAUUUGAACAGGGAUGUGUAUAUUUGGUGCGUAUGUAGCAGAUGUGUGAUGAUGAUGAGUGCAGUGUAGCAUGACACAGCAGACUGUUGAUCAAAACAGAGUUGAUUCAGGAGCGCAUGCUAAUGAAUAAAACCAUCAAAGAUAAUCUAUCUUUUUAUCUGCUGUGGGAUUUAUCCAGGAGACAUUAUGCUAACAGAAAACGGGAAGCGUCAGCGUGCUGAAGGUGAUGGUGAAGAUGUUCAAAUGCCUCCGGCCAAAAGACUGAGUUCAACUCUCCAGAGUACUGACACUGCCAGAGAAUCAUGGGAGUCUGAGUCUUCCAGUAGUGAGAGUGGCAUCAGCAGUCCAGAACAUGCCGCUGGUGGCAGCAGCAGUCAUUGUGGUCUGGACAUUAUUGGGCCCCACACUGGCCCCGUCCCCUGCAGUCCCGUCAGUGCCUCCAAGCAGUCAUGCCCUGUGAACCUACUCCCAUACCAGCACAUCAACCAGGUCCUAAGAGAGGCUCAUUUCCACAGCUUACAAAGCCGAGCUCAGUCCAAGCACAGGUGACUUUCAGGGACAUGCUUAUGCCCAUACUGACCCCUAGAAGUCCAUCAUCGCAUCCUAACUCAGACCUACUCUUACUUCUACAUCUCUCUCCAAGAGCUCAUGUUAUGUAUUUGGAUUGAAAAUAUGCCCUGGUACUGUAAACUCGUCAAAUAACUAGAGCACAAAAGUGUUCAUUGAAAGCAAUAACGGCUUGACUAUGAUGCAAACUUUUGUGAUUUUACACUGUGUAUUUGUCCUCUUAACAGUCAGCAUUGAGAGCUGUACUGAGAAUAGGUGGAGGAAACUCACAGAAACAAGUUACCUUUCAUGGCAAAUUCAGAAGAAGAAAAAACUUGGAAAUUAUAUUUUGAGUAAAGAAAAGGAAACUCAUUUUAGGACCAUUGUGACAUGUUCAUGAUAUUUAAGCACCAAAGUCUCAUUACUGUAAUGCAUCUGGAUGUUUCACUUUUAUUAUUAUAACUAUUAUUAUUGUAACUCUCAUUUGAUUACUGUAAAACAUAAAGGUAGUACAAGAAAUACUACCACAUUUUAUGGAUACUUAAAGGAAUAUUUUGGGUUCAAUACAUGUGAAGCUCAAUCGACAGCAUUUGUGUCAUGAUAUUGAUUGAUUAACACAAAAAUUAUAUUCCCUCCUUUUUAAAAAAAAAAAAAAAAGGCAAAAAUGUUGGUUACAGUGUGGCACUUACAAUGGAAGUCAAUGGGGCCAAUCUGUAAACAUUAAAAUACUCACCGUUUCAAAAGUAUAGCCACAAGAUGUAAACAGUAUGCAUGUAAAAAUUAUUUUAGUAGGAUAAAAUCACUUAAUAACCUUUUCUGUGUUAAGUUAUAGCCAAUUUUACAAUUUCGUUACCAUGACGACAUAAGCCGUAAACCUUAAAACCACCGUAAAAACAAUGAUUUAAACAACUUUACAGCUCAAACAAUACAUGUGUUUUAACCAACAAAUUCAUGCAAGUUCUUUUAUAAAAUUCCACGCUUCAUAUUUCUGUUUAAACCCUUCAAACAUUGGCCCUGUUGACUUCCAUUGUAAGUGUCUCACUGUAACACAGAAAAAAGAGUGACGAGUUGAAAUCAUUCACUGUUGAUUGAGCUUCACUUGUAUUGAACCCGGAAUAUUCCUUUAACUAUAGCAAGAUAUCCUAAUAAUAUAUUAUGAUAUAUAUAAUUGUUUUCUUUUGCAUUACAGUAAUCUUUAGAACAAUGUGCUUAGUUGUCACAAAAUUGUAAUGUCCUAAAAAUAAGUUUCAUUUUCUUUUUGCAGAAUAUAUAUUUGUUACUUUCUUUUGAUUUGGGGUGAAAUAUUGAUUAGUGAUAAUCUGAGACAGUGUAGUGGGGAUUUGCACUCGGGAUAUUGUUGUUAUUAUCUUUCUUUUUUUAAUUAUUAUUAUUAUAAGGAUUAUCAGAUAUUGAUGUGGACCAUACUGCAAUUACGCUGGGCAAAUGUAGGUGGGAGGCAUUAAAUGGCUGUAACCAAACAUGCCAAAAUACCACAAUACACCUCUGGCUAGUUAGUGAACUCAUUGCAGUGCUGUAGCUUACGUGUAAAUCAGCCAAUCAGUACAAAAUUAAAGACCCUGAGCUGAUGGUAACAUGGUGAAAUGGGUAAAUCUGGGGGUUUUCCUUGUCAUUGUGACAUAGUGGCACUGAGUCCUUCAGAAUCUGCUCUCUUGCCUCCCAGCUGACUCUAAAGCUGGUUGCUCACCCAGACGUCAGGUCAUCCAGACCCUGUGGAGGUUGGUUUUUGUGUGCUGUUCAAACUGAUUGCAUUUUACAGAUUGUUGUUUAUUUUACUAUAUCUUUUUGUAUUGAAAGAUGUACAUUACAUUUUACAUUCAGAUCAUCUACAUUUCUAAAUAAAGUUGGAUGUUCUUA